AUGCUUGAUGAAAGUGAAAAACUAAAGCGUUCAAAAGUAGUACAUAAAUUAAUCAAAGAAGAAGCAGCCAAAAACUACCUACCACUUGUUAUUAUGAAUGUGAUUAAAGACUAUGCAACUAGGAUGUUGGACCUGGGCUUGAGUGUUAAGAAGCUAAAAUGUACUGAGGUUACAAACAUUAAAUACAAAGUUUGUGAGGUGCAAAAUAAUCAUUUAGGAGGUAAUAAAGAUAAAAAAUCUGAUCUAGAAGAAA